UCACAAAACCAUUGUAAUCUUGAAAUAUUAAUUGUUACUAUGGUCUUCCUUAAGGAGAGCAAAGACAAUAAAGCCUCAAACAAUAAACAAAAUCUUGAUAACAUAGGAGAAUGGUUGAGUUUAGGAAUCAAACAACAAAUGUCUAUGAAAAAAGCUCAUCAUAACCAAAAUGCUCAAUCAUCAAAACCUCUUCACAAAAAGACAUACUCAUGCAACUUCUGCAUGAGAAAGUUUUACAGUUCACAAGCCUUAGGGGGACACCAAAAUGCACACAAAAGGGAAAGAGAAGCUGCUAGAAAACUCCAACUAUCUCAUAAUUCUUUGGUGGCAAGGUCACUAGGAAUCAAACCUCACUCUCUUGUGCACAAACAAAGCAGAGAAAGAGAUGCUACUAUGGUGGCUCAAUUCAAUGUUAAUGCUGCAAGUUCUAGAAUUGGAAUGGCAUGGACACCCUUUGUUCUUGAACAUGCUGUUGAUUCUGUAUGGCAUGGAAGCUUUAGGAAGGACUUGCCAAAGCAAGAAGAUAUACAUAAUAAGCUGGACUUAGAUCUUAGGCUUUGAUGCAAAUUGUCCAACUUCGGAGUCCUCAUU